UAAAUGGGAAGAUGGAAGCAAAAUUGGGAACAUGCCUUGAAGGGAAGACGCGGCAAUAUAUAAUAGCAAACGGGUUUCACCCGGGCGCAAUUUUCCUUCUCAGGGUCUCUCUCUAUUUCGUCGAAGAACCCAGAACGCGGGGGUCUUCAAUCUUCAUUGAUUUUCCUUGAACCGCCUCAUACGCCGCCUUCUUUUCCUUAAAUAGAAAGGAAGCUUCAGGAAUUCGAUUUGGUUGUUUCUGGUUCGUGGGUUAGAGGACUCUUGUGAAUAUUCGAUUCUGGUUCUGUGAAUUUGAUCGGUUUUUGUUUUGUGGGUUUGAAGAUUCCUGUGAAUAUUCUGUUCUGGGUCUGUGAAGAAAAGGGUAAAAGCUUUUCAGGAAACAAAGUCAAUUUUAGAAAACCCAGCUCUUUUAUCUCCUAUUGAUUCUUCUAUGUCGACAUAUGCCAUUCAGGGUCAGCCUCUUGAAGUCACCGUUAUUGGAUGCACAAAGUUGAAAGAUACGGAAUGGAUUUCAAGGCAGGAUCCCUACGUGUUACUUGAAUAUGGUAGCACAAAGUUCCGCACGACCACCUGCACAGAUGGUGGCAGAAAUCCCACAUUCCAAGAGAAAUUUGUGUUCUCUCUGAUUGAAGGGCUAAGAGAGAUUAAUGUUGCAGUUUGGAACAGCAAUACAGUUACUUAUGAUGAUUUCAUUGGCAAUGGAAAAAUCCAAUUGGCAAAAGUUCUAUCAGAAGGAUAUGAUGACAGUGCAUGGUCACUUCAAACUAAAACUGGCAGACAUGCUGGGGAAGUACGGCUGAUUUUACAUUUUGCUACUGCCACUAAACCGUCGUCAAGUUUUACACCCUCAGCACCACCAUUCCAAGCACCCGCUCCACCCCAUGUCCCCGUGUACGCUACGAUGCCACCCCCACCAUCCCACACAACAGCCUACCCUCCUCCUACUUCUACACCCUAUUCAUUUCCUCCAUCUCCCUUUCCUUCUUACCCGCCCAGCUCAGUAGCAUAUCAAACAUCCAUGUACUCCCCAUAUCCAUCUGGGUAUCCUCCCUCUUCGUACCCACCACCCCCCUUGGCCUAUCCUCCCACUCCUUACCCUCCGCCUCCACAAGCCUCGCCCUUCUAUCCUCCAGGUCCUUACCCUGGAGUUUACCCCCCACCACAGUAUUGAAAUCUAAAGGUUGGCUUUGAAAGACAUCAUCAUAAGUUGUAUAGAGAGAGCUUCACCUUCUAAUAGUCUGCCUGUAGACUAAUGCUAGUGGACCUUUUUUGUUUCCUUCUUUUUUGAACUUUUAUUUUGGUGUAAAGACUGAUUUGACAGUAAUAUUUUGAAGUUGCUGUAUUCUUUUUUGGUUUAGUUCAGCUUAUUAUGAAAACAAGACAACAGAUAUCAAUUGGUUUAUACAAUUAGAAAAAGUUCUCAAAGUUGGGUAUAUGGUAAAGAAAAAGCAGGAGAAGUAUAAUUGCAAAGUGUGAAGAAGGGGAGGAUUGACAUUGAUAUAAAGCAAGGCUAUUGAUGGAGUAGUUUGAGAUUGUACAGAAAGAGAGAGCUGUGGGCAGAGCUUUGAAACUUCUCCUCAAAAUUUCUUUUCUUUUGUUUGUAGUGAAACUAAAGGAUGCAGGAGGAAGAAGAUGUUGAGUGUGUAUUAUUGGACAAAUAUUUGGUAAAUCAUUUGUUAAUAUCUGAUUAGACAUCUCAAAAA